UAUUGGGAGGGAGCCGGUAUUAUUUGGGUGAAAUGAUGCUCAAGAGGUUUGAAGACUUGAAGGGUUUUACACCGGCGUUUUAACUGGGAAAUCACAACAAGAAGAUCUGCGAAAAUGGGCAAAGGAGAAGACGAUCUCUGGGAAGAUUCGAUGCUUAUCAGUGCCUUCAACGACGCUAUCUCCAAAUACAAGAUCUAUCAUAACCCAACUGAUGGGGCUAACAGUGCAGUGACGAAUGCAUCUGCUGUGGAUGAUGAAAGCAAAGAAGCUAGAAGGCACAUGGGAACAAGUGAUGAUAAUGAAAAUUCAUCAACGAAGACAGCAGAAACGGGGGAACCUAGUAUUGCUUCACCUAUGAAUGAAAAAAUUUACACAGUGGCAAGUAGUAUUGAACAGACCCUUGAUAAAACCACAAGCCAUGUAAACUCACAAAGUGUAGAAGAUUACACCUGCUUGCUUGAGAAGUACUAUGAACUUGAGGGUCAGAGGCAAAUGGUUUUACAGAAGCUUAACCAAUUUGGUGAUUCUAGUACCUUAACCGCUCAAGAUCAUCACGCUUAUGCAGAACAGGCUCCUAACUCUAUGGUCUCCUCUCUUUACUGCCCUUAUGGAUGCCAGAGUUGGGUGCCUCCAGUCAUGGCAUCACCAUCCUGUUGCGUGGGUGGAAAUUGCACUGAUAAAAAUGCUGAUGAUACUCUAAAAAGCAAGUGUGAUCAAACCUCGUCUCUUCAACAACCUGAUAUUGUGAAAACAGCAAUGGGUUCUGCGGAGAAAGCAUUAUCUUCCUUGAGGGAAGAUUUCGGUGAUGAGGGAGCACCGAAGAAGAGUAAUGACCAUGUAGCCAAUGAAUCCAAACCCGAGACCGCCCUUUCAGAGGUUUUGCAUGCAUGGUAUUCUGCUGGCUUCUACACUGGAAAGUACCUGACCGAGCAAUCACGUAUGGGGAAAAAGACAUGACUAGCCCUGGACGUGCCAUAUGAUAUCAGAGUUUUGACACUAUCAUCAUCAGUGAUGCCAAAUCCAUGCUGCAAACGCUACUGCUCAUUGGUCCCUUGGGCGUGAAUUACCUGCCUAUAUUGAUAGUUUUCUUUGUCCUUUGUAGUUUUUCACCUUUGAAAAUGGAGAUGGAGGGUAGCUUUGUCCUUGCAAAGAUGCUAGUGGCAGGCACAUGUGUAUUCCAUUUUGACUCUUAUUACUCAUGUG